GGGUGGUGCUGGCGCAUGCGCAGUGUCGCUCCCCUUGUGGCUGCGCGGAGGGCACCGCAGGCUUCAAGGAGAGGGCCGGGUCGGGCCGGGGCGCCUUUCGCUGCCGCCGCCAUGUUCCUGUGCGCUGCUCUGCGGGCCGCAGCCGCGCGCUCGAUGAGACAAAUCCGAUACUUACAUAGAACACCAGCAUGCAGUUCAAGUGGAGGAGCCUUAUUUGUGCACAGAGAUAGUCCUGAGAAUAAUCCAGAUACUCCCUUUGAGUUCACACCUGAAAACAAGAAGAGAAUAGAAGCAAUCGUAAGCAGUUACCCAGGGGGACACAAAUCUGCAGCUGUCAUGGCAGUGCUAGAUCUGGCUCAGAGACAGCAUGGAUGGUUGCCCAUAUCGGCUAUGAACAAGGUCGCAGAAAUUUUAGAAAUGCCUCCCAUGAGAGUGUAUGAAGUAGCAACCUUCUAUACAAUGUAUAAUCGUAAACCUGUUGGGAAAUACCAUAUCCAGGUCUGCACUACCACACCUUGUAUGCUGCGAGACUCUGACAGCAUUUUAGAAGCCAUAAAGAAGAAACUUGGUAUUAAAGUUGGGGAAACAACACCUGAUAAACUCUUCACACUGAUAGAAGUGGAAUGCUUAGGUGCUUGUGUAAAUGCACCAAUGGUACAAAUAAAUGACAACUAUUACGAAGAUUUAACUCCCAAAGAUAUUGAAGACAUAAUUGAUGAGCUAAAGGCUGGUAAAGUUCCCAAACCCGGCCCAAGGAGCGGACGUUUUUCUUGUGAGCCAGCUGGUGGCCUAACAUCUCUGACUGAACCACCCAAAGGACCAGGUUUUGGAGUUCGAGCUGACCUCUGAGGAGUUUUGUAAUAUAUGUUAAACUGUCUGGAAAUAAAGUAAUUGUAAUCACAGUAAAAUGACGUAAGGUUAAUAUUUGGGAGGGAAGAGGGAGGAAGCAAAAGGAAUUGGUUACCAUGAUCUGAACUGCUGCGAUGCUUAAUCAUCAUUCAGAUUAUCAAAAAGUGCUUCUGUAGACCGCAAAGGGACUUGCUGAAUGAGUCCAUUUGUGAUCAGUGAUGCAUCAGUCAGCUUUUCAUUUACCACUAAAAAUUCUUAUAACUACUUUUGAGUUACUUUGGAAAAAGUAAUAAAGCUGGCCAAAUUCCAAAUUUGGCAAGCUAUUUUUAAGAACCCAUAUAGAAGUGUGAAAUUGAAGUAUAUCUCCUGAUUAAAAAAUGCUAAAGGCAAUUAAAAAAAAAAGACUGAUCUGCAAAUCAUUUGCCUGAAAAAGAAUAACUUCUUUAUUGCCAGAUGCAAACCCAAUACACCACUGCUCAAAUUGAAUAGUGUAGGGGCAGCUAUAGAACUGAAAUAAUUUGAAGAGGAAUAAAGCAAGUAACUCCUACUCUGUCACCAUCUCAAGUUCAGGUUUUGAUGAAAUUUAAGCAUUUAAAAAUUUCAAAUAUCUCAACUAGAAAUAUACAUGCUACUGCAAUACUGGUUAUGUGCAAUUGCUUACUAGCUACAAAAUUAUUAGAAUUUUACACUAAUAGUAAAUCCAAUCACAGAAUACACAGUGAAUUUCACAAUAAUUUAUGCAGGGAUGUGAGGAUUUUAAAAAUGAUUGUUGCAGAAGAGUUCUAGAAUAGUGCAGUAAUUAAUAUUUCCAUAUCCUCUUCAAUAUCCUUGAAUAGCUCUAGGUACAUUUUUUGCUUUUGCUAGUAGUAUUAAGGAUUUUAGAUUAUACAGAUACUAUAGAGACAGUUUCCACUAUUCUCAACCCUAAAUAGUAGAUUACUGAUAAUAAUUCCAGGCAGCUGACACUAACAUGCCAAAUAAAUAAAACAGCUCUGCAGUUUCAAUUCUACUAUUCAGUACCUUGAACUGUAAAAGUCAUGGCUGGUGACUUAAAUGAAAAAUGAGUUAACUACAACAAAAGCCAGUAUGUGUUCCUUAAGCUAGUAAAGCUGCAGUAACAGAACCUAUUUCUGAGGGAAAGAUGAAAGAAUUUACAUGCUGUACUCAUUCUGUACAAGUAAAAGCACUUUAACUGUGGUGGGGAAAAGAGACAACUUAGAGCAAAGAAAGUUUUAAGAAAAAUAGGUUGAGUCUUGGGAAAGAAAACUGGAGUUUUCUAACAUGGAAGCAGAAGACACACAAAGAAUCCAUUGGGCAGAGAGUGGGUGGUAGUUUUUUCCUUUGGUAAAGAUGGAAUAAAGUUAGGAGUAAUAGGAAACUCCACUAGUUGACACUGGAUAAUGGAAAGGAUUUCUGUGACCUCCAUAACUGAAAAAUGUUACCUGGAACUAUCCUGUCAAAUAGGAAGAAGCAAUGAUAUUCAGUUCUGUCUGUAGAGUAAAUUAAAGUGGGCUUAUGAACUGAUUUGCUGGUUAUCUGCUAGAUGCCAGCACACGUGCAUUCAGUGGCGUGACACUGUUCUAAGAAUUUGCAAAAGGUUCCUAUCUUCAGAUUUUAGUACUUCAGUUUGAGAUUUGCAGUCUUUCAGUUACAGCCACGACAGUUUGACCAGCUGCUGCAAUGCUUAUCUUGAUUCAGCCCAGUAGUUUUCACAGCUGAUGAUAGAAGAUGUUUGGCUUGGGAAGGCAGAUCAAGGGAAGUACUGCACAAGUCAACACAGUUCAGCUACAAAGGAGUUUUGCAGCUGUGCUAUGUGGAAAGGAGGGUCUCUGGAGCCAAGGAGAAGAAACAAAUGUAAAGGCAGCUAUUCCAAGAUUCUUCCCUGUGAAUACCCACCAACUUAAAUGGAGCUCUUGGAGCUGCACGAUACCUGUACAAGGAGUAUGCAGUAUUACAGCAUGCACUACACCUGCAGCCUGUCAUUGCUGGAGGAUGAAUCAUACUGUGCCUUAUAUAGUACUGUGAGAAGAACAAACACUCUGUCUUGGGAAAUACUUACUGCCUUGGGAAAUACUCCACUCGGGCUGACAGUCUGUAGCUUGCCUGCACGUCAGCCUGCCUGCACCUCAAGCAAUGACCUCUGUAAUCAACCAAACAUAAAAGAACAUGAGGUAAAUGCAGCUCCCUUUUAUUGCAUGGUCACUGGCAUCUGCUUACCUGCUUCUGGUCAGCUGACAGCACAUGAUGCAUUGCUUGCAUCAGAGAGGAAAGGAUUGUGCAGCUGUGUUACAAAACAUGACCAGUACAAUAAACUCCUGAAAGCAAAUUAGACACAUUUACCUAAACAACAACAUGACGUGCAGCAUGGGAGCAUUUGGGCUAUGUGAUGCCAGCCUCUACCAGCAGCAGGCCAUGUAGGGGAUGCGCAACAAUAGUUAGCCUUCAUGAAAGUAAGGCAUUCCUGCACAGGUUGUGGAGUCUCAUCUGGAGAUAUUCAGGGCCCACCUGGAAACUUUCCUGAGGAACCUACCGGAGGGAAUCCGCUUUAGCAGGGGAUUGGGCUUGAAUCCCAGAGGUCCCUCCCAACUCCUAUGGCUCUAUGAUUACCCAUAGCACGUUGCACAGGAGGUAAGCACCUGCUUCUUAGCUGCCUCUCUAUUUGUGCCAGCACUUCUGCCCAUCAGAAAUGGGGGGCACGAGGAACAGGACACAGUCUGAGAGCGACAGGACAAGGGGGAAUGGCUUUAAACUAAAAGAGAUUUAAGUUAGUAAGAAAAUCCCCCAGAGGGCAGUGAGACGCUGGCACAGCUGCCAUGUAAGCUGUGGUGCCCCAUUCCUGGAGGUGCUCAGGGCCAGGUUGGACGGGGCCCUGGGCAGCUGAGCUGCUGGGUGGCAGCCCUGCCCAUGGCAUGGGGUUGGUCCCCUCCAACCUAAGCCAUUCUGACACACCUUUGGUUCUAGGAAAGAGCAAUAGAACCGUAUUUUCAAUUAUUCUUUUUAUCACAGAGACACAUUACUACUCCUUGCUAUACCCCAUAGAUUGCUCAAGUAAAGUAACAGAACACCUGCCCAUUCAAUUUAAAAAUGUUUAAAUUUUCAAAGCAUCCUUUGAUUCUGAAUAAGUCAUAUUUGUGGAUAGUAUACACGAAGGAAUUCUUAAGGGAUAUUUCUGUUUAAAGACCAGCAGCGGGCUCGAGCUUCACACUGCAGUGCAUGCCCGGCUCCGGAGCGUAGACCCGUAGCUCCCUCACGAGAUGAAGACCCGGAGGAGCGGGAUGGGUGACGGAAACGAAGCGAGGCACCGGCCAGGCGGAGGUGGGCGGAGGUGGACAGAGGCCCAGCUCCCUCAGGCACCCGCACUGACAGCCCGCCCCGUGCCCACGAGCCGCCAGCACCGCGCUCCGCACCGCCUCAUUUGGAUGCGCGGCGCCCUCCGGGUCGCGCAUGCUCACUGCGCCGGCUGUUAAAACUCACUGCGCCAUCGCCGCCGGAAAACCCCUCCCUGGAGAAGGAGCGGCCGCGCCUCUGGGGCGGGAGGAGGCGGCCGCCGGUCCGGGGCGGCUCCUCGUUCCGUGGCCGUGCUUGUGCCCCGUCCGUUUACCCCAUCCCCGCCCGGUACCGGCCACACCGCCGCCGUUUCCAGAACGUUCCGCGGCUGUAGCUGCCCGGAACGGCGCGACGCCUGCGCGCCGCUCGCCCCGUCCCUCU